UAGCAGAAAUGAAGUGCAUUGCAGGUAUAUGAUAUACAGAUUGGAUAUUCAUUCUAGAAACUUCUAAUUUACAGAUAAGAACUGAAAAGAAUCUAAUGGAUCAGGUACUUUACAUUAGGUAUUACUUGAAACAGUCUCCUCAGAAGAGGUAAUUAAAGAAAAGAGGGUUUUCAUGAACUGCCUUUUGAGGGAAAUGAAGUGACAUUCCUUCAUUUGCCUACACACUGUUUUCACUCUGAGCAUUCUAUGUGCUAGGGAAACUGUAGAGCAGGGAUAAUUUAUUUAGCAUGAGUAGGCUAAGACUGGCUGUGCUUUCAAAGUCACAACCAAGUUUUAGAACUCGUUAUAGGAGUCUUUGAAGAGCAGGUACAACUGAGGUUAAGUUUUUAGUGGAGUAUAAAUACCUUCACUUUGAGGUAUUAAUUGCCCAACUCUUGCACAUGAAACACUUCUAAGGUAUCUUUCAGCAGUCAGUGUCUGAAUCAGAAUGAGAAAUGUAUUCAGCCCUCUUCUUCAGAUCUCAGGAUGGGCAUGGGUGUUCAACAAUGUGUUUCAGUUUAAUCACUCUAUCUGGACUCAGGAACAUGUUACUAUAUAAAAUUUGAAAGCCUAAAGUGUGAAUACAAACAUAAUAAUUGACAAACUAACUUUUGUUACAUGGUGUGCUGAAGUGAAUAGAAUAUUAGCAUAGUGAUCACCUGAUUUUGACUUUGGUCCUAACUCAUGAUUAGGGCCUCACCGUCAUUAAAGGAGAGGUCUGAACUGGGUUUAUUCUUUCAAAAGGCCCUUUGCUAAGUGUUCUUAUCUACACUGACAAACCAUUGGACUCAUCAGUGACCAGACAGGUUGGGCUGAAGGCCGUUACUUUGGUUAUUUUUCUCUUAAAGAAUUCCCGUCACAACAAUAUGUUCUGUGUAGAUCUAGAAUCACAUAUUUACAAAACCAUAAGGGCUCUUAAAAGUUUAAUUUGCCUAGCUCCUUCCCUUCCUAAAGAGGACAACAGAAGCUGGAGAAGUAGCUUCCAUCAGUUAGUAUUUCAAGGCAGCAAUCUCCUGUCUUUGAAGAUUCAAACAGGCACAUUUUACAUUUUAAUCAGCAAUGCGGAUAUAUAGUAUUGGGAUUGAAUAUUGUUUCUUCUAACCUCUUCGAACUGUUAAUUUUGACAUAGCAAUCAAAUUAGUGUUGAGAGUAAGAUUACAACUGAAAAGAAACAAAACUCCAAUAGAAUGCGAGUUUGGAGGACCCUUAAAGGUCAUGUCAGCUGAAAAAGUAGAAGGUCAUAUCAACUGAAAAACUAGGAACGGGGACUGAAGGACACGAACACGCAGAAGAGAUUAAGUGCUUUACUGAAGUGUGAAGAGUCUCCACAGUCUGGCGGGGACUUUUUGCCCUACUUAAAAACACAGCUAAGUUUAGAGUUCUCCGUGGAUGACAAGAGGAAUCUGUCAUCUUAGUAUCUUCUCCCCCAAGCCCUCCCACACCUACAUGGGUUCUUUGACGCUCGGCGUGCACACCCCGCCGCGAGGCUGCUGUUUCCAAGUGCCGGCUUAGCCCUCUCGCUUGGGACGAGUUGUGAGCGGUGGCCGCAGCCUGUUGAUCGCAUUUCCUCCCGCUCUGGUCCGGGUUAGGGAGUGGCUCUCCCAGGACCUCCAGUGUUUUCGUGCUCGGGCAAGGGUGUUCACAUGGUCUCGGUGCAUUGUUUUCUUCCAGGCAGUCUCGGCGGGCGCUUCAGUUUAGACAUUUAUUUUGCAUUCUGUGGUCUCGGGCCGUGUGUACUCUCUUGUUUCUGCGCUCUCUCCACGCCCUUCCCAGUUUCCUGUUAGCCAAAGGGAUCGCUCUUUCUGAACGAAAAGUUCUCGGAGCGGAGUGGAACCUCCCGGAAAAUGCUCUUCUCUUCCGUGUGCGCCGGAUGGAGGUGGGGGUGGGCCAGAAACUAAGCGCCGCGGUCGGGAUUGCUGAGAGGACCCAAACCCCGAGGCAGAGGCGGGAGAGGUACGGUUCAGCAGAGAUGCGCUGAGGGGUCGUGAGACGGACGAGGGGCAGCGCCCAGCCAUCUGGGGAGGCGGAACUGCUUUGAAUCAGUGGGAACUGUGCGGCGAGGCCCAAGGAGUCGGAAAGGAUGGCCGGGGCCAGCGGUCAGCACCACCCUCCGGGCGCCGCGGGAGGAGCGGCCGCCGGGGCCGGCGCUGCGGUCACCCCCGCCGCUGCGUCGGCGGGGCCCGGAGACGAUUCCUCUGACAGCGAAGCGGAGCAAGAGGGACCCCAGAAACUGAUCCGCAAAGUGUCCACCUCCGGGCAGAUCCGGACCAAGACCAGUAUUAAAGAGGGACAGCUGUUGAAGCAAACCAGUUCCUUCCAAAGGUGGAAAAAGCGUUACUUCAAACUUCGAGGCCGUACACUUUAUUAUGCAAAGGACUCAAAGUCUCUGAUAUUCGAUGAAGUUGACCUCUCAGAUGCCAGUGUAGCUGAAGCAAGCACAAAAAAUGCGAACAACAGUUUUACGAUAAUCACUCCAUUCAGAAGACUGAUGCUGUGUGCUGAGAACAGGAAGGAGAUGGAGGACUGGAUGAGCUCACUGAAGUCUGUACAGACCAGAGAACCUUACGAGGUGGCCCAGUUUAACGUGGAACAUUUCUCAGGGAUGCAUAACUGGUACGCCUGCUCCCACGCGCGACCCACUUUCUGUAACGUGUGCAGAGAGAGUCUUUCUGGAGUCACCUCCCAUGGCCUGUCCUGUGAAGUGUGUAAAUUCAAAGCUCACAAAAGAUGUGCAGUGAGGGCAACAAAUAAUUGCAAAUGGACAACUCUAGCCUCCAUAGGGAAGGACAUCAUAGAGGACGAGGAUGGAGUAGCUAUGCCUCACCAAUGGCUUGAGGGUAACUUGCCCGUGAGUGCCAAGUGUGCUGUCUGUGACAAAACGUGUGGGAGUGUUCUGCGUCUACAAGAUUGGAAAUGCCUUUGGUGUAAAACAAUGGUACACACUGCCUGCAAAGAUUUAUACCAUCCUGUGUGUCCCCUUGGCCAAUGUAAAGUAUCUGUCAUACCUCCAAUUGCACUGAAUAGCACUGAUUCUGAUGGUUUCUGUAGAGCGACAUUUUCAUUCUGUGUUAGUCCUCUACUGGUUUUUGUCAAUUCUAAGAGUGGAGAUAAUCAGGGAGUAAAGUUCCUUCGUCGAUUUAAACAGUUGCUAAAUCCGGCUCAGGUGUUUGAUUUAAUGAACGGAGGUCCUCAUUUAGGUUUAAGAUUAUUCCAGAAGUUUGACAAUUUCCGAAUUCUUGUUUGUGGAGGAGAUGGAAGUGUAGGUUGGGUCUUGUCAGAAAUUGAUAAGCUCAACUUGAAUAAACAGUGUCAGCUGGGAGUAUUGCCUUUGGGUACAGGAAAUGACCUUGCCCGGGUUCUAGGCUGGGGUGGUUCCUACGAUGAUGACACCCAACUUCCUCAAAUUCUAGAGAAGCUGGAACGUGCCAGUACCAAAAUGCUAGACAGGUGGAGUAUAAUGACCUAUGAACUCAAAUUGCCACCAAAGGCUUCUCUACUCCCAGAACCUCCAGAAGCAUCGGAAGAAUUUUAUAUGACAAUUUAUGAGGACUCCGUUGCAGCUCAUCUUACAAAAAUUCUCAAUUCUGAUGAACAUGCUGUGGUCAUAUCAUCUGCCAAGAUACUAUGUGAAACUGUAAAGGACUUCGUUGCCAAAGUAGAGAAGGCCUAUGAAAAAACGUUGGAAAACACCGUUGCUGCAGAUGCCAUGGCCAGUAAAUGUUCGGUCCUAAAUGAAAAGCUUGAACAACUGCUUCAAGCUUUGCACACAGAUUCCCAGGCCACCCCCGUUCUCCCAGGCAUUCACUCUCUCAUCGUAGAAGAAGAUACCGUGGAAUCUUCCAGUGAAGAAUCCUUGUGUGAAAGCAAAGAACAGCUCAUAGAUGACCCUGCAAAACCUCCCUCCCAGAAAGCUGUCAAGCCAAAGGAAAUAAUGCUGCGGGCAAACAGUUUAAAGAAAGCUGUGAGACAGGUCAUUGAAGAAGCUGGCAAGGGUACCCGUGAACAAGGUUGGCCUUUGAAGAAGUUAGCUGCGUCCCCAUCUUUUAUGGAUGACCAGAGUGUCCAUCCCUGUGAGCCAGUUAGCCAGUCGUUCGAUAAUGACAGUACAGAAACAGAUGAAUCUAAAGAAGAGUCUAAAGAUGAUGACACAAGAGAGUCAUUAACUGUUAAAGCUGCACCUGCACCUCGGUCUCCAGAUGGCCGGGCAAGUCGUUCCCAAGCUGACUCUGGCUCUGGUCCCGCUGUGGCAGCUGGCAAAGAGAACCUCCCUGUGCUCAACACCAGAAUAAUCUGCCCAGGUUUAAGAGCAGGACUAGCUGCCUCCAUUGCUGGGAGUUCUAUAAUCAACAAAAUGUUACUAGCAAAUAUUGAUCCUUUCGGUGCAACGCCAUUUAUCGACCCUGAUCCAGAUUCAGUAGAUGGAUAUUCAGAAAAAUGUGUCAUGAACAAUUACUUUGGGAUUGGAUUAGAUGCAAAAAUUUCAUUAGAAUUUAAUAAUAAGAGAGAGGAGCACCCUGAAAAAUGCAGGAGCCGAACUAAAAACUUGAUGUGGUAUGGAGUCCUUGGAACCCGGGAGUUGUUACAGAGAUCAUACAAGAAUUUAGAACAGAGGGUUCAACUUGAGUGUGAUGGGCAGUAUAUUCCUCUCCCCAGUCUGCAAGGAAUAGCAGUGUUGAACAUUCCCAGCUAUGCAGGAGGCACUAACUUUUGGGGUGGAACUAAAGAGGAUGAUAUAUUUGCUGCACCAUCAUUUGAUGACAAGAUCCUGGAAGUCGUUGCAAUAUUUGAUAGCAUGCAAAUGGCAGUUUCAAGGGUCAUUAAACUGCAGCAUCAUCGAAUAGCCCAGUGCCGAACGGUAAAAAUCACUAUAUUUGGCGAUGAGGGAGUCCCAGUGCAGGUGGAUGGUGAAGCAUGGGUUCAGCCUCCAGGAAUUAUCAAAAUUGUGCACAAAAACAGAGCUCAGAUGCUAACAAGGGACAGGGCGUUUGAAAGCACGCUGAAAUCUUGGGAGGAUAAACAGAAGUGUGAUUCCGGUAAACCAGUUCUUCGAACCCAUUUGUACAUCCAGCAUGCUGUUGACUUGGCAACAGAAGAAGUGUCCCAGAUGCAGCUCUGCUCCCAGGCCGCAGAAGAGCUCAUUACUAGGAUCUGUGACGCAGCCACAAUCCAUUGUCUCUUGGAACAAGAGCUGGCCCAUGCUGUGAAUGCAUGCUCCCACGCCCUAAAUAAAGCCAACCCACGCUUCCCAGAGAGUCUUACGAGAGACACUGCCACGGAAAUAGCCAUCAAUGUGAAGGCACUUUAUAAUGAAACAGAAUCUUUGCUAGUGGGCAGGGUCCCUUUGCAGUUAGAAUCCCCACAUGAGGAGCGCGUUUCUAAUGCCUUACAUUCCGUGGAGGUGGAGCUGCAGAAGUUAACGGAGAUUCCGUGGCUUUACUAUAUCUUACACCCAAACGAAGAUGCGGAGCCCCCCAUGGAUUGCACCAAGAGAAACAGCAGAAGCACAGUCUUUCGGAUCGUGCCAAAGUUUAAAAAGGAAAAGGUUCAGAAGCAGAAGACAAGUUCACAGCCUGUUCAAAAAUGGGGCACAGAGGAAGUUGCUGCUUGGCUGGAGCUGCUCAGUUUGGGAGAGUACAGAGAAAUCUUCAUCCGUCAUGACAUCAGAGGGGCUGAACUUUUGCAUCUGGAAAGGCGAGAUCUUAAGGACCUGGGGAUAACGAAAGUGGGUCAUAUGAAGCGAAUUCUCCAGGGAAUUAAGGAGCUUGGAAGGAGCCCUCCCCAGGCUGAGUUGUAAUCAUAUUGGUGCUAUUCCUUGGAAGGGAAGUUAUUGCUACUUAAUACAAAGCUCUUAGAAGCAAUGGUCUGUUUCUGUACUUUUCUGCCUAGAAAGCAAGUACCAGGGAAGCACCUCUAUGGCUUGAUAUCUUGCUGUGGGUGAAAAUUUUCAUUUGAGGUAUUGGGAAAUAUUUUUGUGCCAAAAAAAUAUACAUUCCACGAAGCCAUUUACUUAUUGUGCAAACUUGACGUGUUCAGAUAUGCUCAUAUUAGUAAGAAGGUGGAAAGAAUCCGAGAUAAUUGUGUGGUCUGAAGGGUGGAAACGUUUACUUACAUUGUACUUUCCUGAAACUCGGUCAGAUGAAAUGUUCUUACCAUAUGACUGCAUAACAAUAUGUGGCUAAAACUUCUAGUUUUCAUUAUUGGAGGCAUUGGCUUCUUCCUUAAAAAUCACUGGUUAGGAGACUAAGAUAUACAUUAGUUUGUGUUUUGAAUGCUAGAUUGGGUGUCAACUGAGAUUUCUAGCAUUCAGUGGUCAGGGAACAUGGUUGAAACCCCUCAAAUAUUAUGAAUGAAUGCAGAUCUUAAUGCACGGCAUUCCUGCCUGACUGGUCUUUCUUUUUCUUGCAUGUCACAUGUAAUAUCGUAAAACUUAGCUUUAAUGUCAGCUUUAAUGGAAUUUAAUUUAUUAUUACCGAAGUUACCUUUUUGUUGGUUCAAGGCACUUUUCUGUCCUUUGAUGGGGGCUUUUGGAUAAAUAUUCUGUAUUUAAGAAUUUGUGAACAUGUGUCUGUGCCAUAAUCAACAAAUGAUACACAUUUUAUGCAAGCCAAUUCAAUGUCACUCUAUCAUCAACAGUAGACAUGCGCAUUAAGAAACUCUGGAUAUUUUUAUAAAAUUACAUGUUUUGUUGCUGAACUAAAAGCUUAUUAUAGCUUCCUAAACCAAAAUUCCCACAUUUUGUUAUUCUUUUGGUUUAAUUUAGUAUUUAUUUAGUACUCUGUUUGCAUUUAUAAUAUAGUGAGCUAUUGACAGGAGUUUCCCCGAGGCCUCAACUGGGAUUCAUAUACUGAUUGGUCACCCAGACUUACCUGCUAGCUAGAGUAACUACUGAUAAAACUUCUCAAUGAGAGAUUUAAAUUUUUAAAUUUUUUCUUAAGGGCUUUAUAUUAUUAUUAUUACUAUUAUUAUAUUAUUAUUAUUAUCUCACUUAAUUCUUAUAUCAAGUAGAUAGCAUUUUCCUUUUCCUAAACCACUAUACUUCAGUGUAAGCUUAUUAGGAGUCAAUCUUACAAUUACCAAAUCUUUGAAAGCCAAAGGCAUACAUGUCAAAAAGUCAUAAAAAUAUCCUUAAACAAUCUUUCUUUAAACAUUAUAUACCAAAAAUUAAUUGUAAUAUUUAAAAAUCUUCUAUAUAAGAGAAGAAAACAGGGUAUUGACCCGGUGGUGACAAUUUUCAUGAAGUAGCCUUCUAAGUAGGUGCUCAAUAGAAAAACAUACACACCCAUGUACAUAUACGUUUCUACGUGUCUAUACACACAUGCAUGUACAUUCACACUUACGUAUGCAUCAUCUUGAAAUAUACUCUCAUUGAUAUUUUCUAGACAAUUAUUUGUCAAAUGCCUAAUGAGAAAUAUUAUUGAGAAAGCAUUUAAAAAUGAAUACUGCUAGAAUUUCAUUAUAGCAAAGGAGUUUAAAUAUUUGACACUUUAGUCUUAUUUAUAAAUUGGGCAUUUAAGUACCAGCAAAAUCACAAAAUUUUGAUAUCUUAAAAAUAAAUGAGCCUGGUGGGUUCCUGACCAAAUGUGUCUGACUAUAUCUUUUACCUAAGUUGUGAAUAAAUGGAAAUUUCCCAAAGGGAAUUACAUCAAGUAGCGUGAAAGAGUCAGAAGCUACUCAUUUAAUAUUAUAAUGUUACCCACACUUAGGAAAUCAAAGGGCUUCUUUUAUAGUCCUCACCUCUCCAGCCCCUGAAGAUAUCCUGCUUUUCUAGGCAUUUCCCUAUGAAAUUAAAAUGGAGAUGCCAGCUGUCAGAUCACAGAUCCCUAUCCAGCUCUACCAAAAAAAGAAAGGUAGGGGCAAAGAGGCAAGGAACUCUAGAGAAGAAUCAAUUAAUAUAAAAAUCUUUACUGAUUUUCAUUCACCCAAAAUACCCCUUUGCCACUAGAAAAGAUUUAAGCUAUUACACGUUCAGAAUUUGAGAGUAAGAUGAAGAUAAUUAAAUUUUUUGUUUGAUGCUGAUCUUUUUACUCAUAGGUAAUAACUCUUAUCUAUGCUGUAAAACCUCAAUUAAUGGACUCUUUAACUAGAAUUUUCUUGCAGAUGGCUUUUGGAUGAGGGAAAUCCUUUAAAAUGACAAUUUUGGUAUCUUUUUUGUUGUUGUUAAAUAAGAGAAAUUUUUCCUGUAUGCUUUGUCUGUGCAUGAUGGAUGUAGGACCCAGAUGACCUUAUUCACAUCUGUUGGCCAAGAUGGUGUCGUCAGAGACUCCCUAGGUGUCCAUUAGCAUCAAAGAGGAGCCAGCUUAUAGUAGAUGUGGCUAAGAAUAAAAAGUAGGAAGAACUGCUCUCUGGAAUCUGAUCACAGCUCAGGGGAGUGAAGGUGGGGCCUCUGUACCUUGAUCCAUUCCUAAACUGAGCUGAAAAGCUUAACCCUGCUCCCAGUUGCCAGCUGUAACUGCCGUUCCGCUGCUAGGCUCUCCCACACCUGGAUAAUUUGGAAGGGAUGAAGGGGAGUCACAGCCCAGCCAACAUCCACUCCCUUACAGUCUUAUUUUCCUGAGGAAGGAUUUGAGACAGAUGUGCGUGUGUGUGUGUGUGUGUGUG